AUGGAAGGCAAGGAAAUCUUGAAGAAGUCAACAAGGAAGACUUCCAUAUGGGAUGAGGACAAAAAUGUGGAUAGAGAAAAAGUGAGCAAAUGGGAAGUAACACCACGAACUGCCACCCAGUCAAAGAGGUUGAAAUGGGAUCAGACGCCUCUUGGAUACAUCAAGGUGGAAGAUGAUCUAUGUAGCGGAACACGGGUGAGCUCUGGAGCAGUCUGGGACAGGGAAGGCCUGAAUGGGACGGGAAGCGGUGAAUAUUCCGAGAUGACGUUGAGGGAGAUAAACAUGUGCCUACCAUCAAAAGGAUACAAGAGAUACGAUCUUCAUUGCAUUUCUGGAAGUGAGGGGAUGGACAUCAAGGACUUGCCUGAUAUCUCUGCUGAGGAGAAAGACUUCUUUAUGCCCUUGAUUGAAGCCAAAGAUGGAAAUGAAGCCGAUGUGUACAAAGGUAUAUUGUUGAUAAAGAAUGGGAGCAAGAAAAUGAGCAUUCACGGAUUCAAGAUGCUUAAAAGAAAGGAGGUGAACACCGUACUAGAAAAGGUGCUUCUUAUGGCAAUGAGUUUAGAGCUUGACGACAAAGACAAAGAGAAGGUUGUUGGGUUAUUUCAAUUUCUUUUGAAUGAUGUGGAUAUGAGCAAAGUGAAGUAUACGAGAGAGGUGUUGUUUGUGGUGGGAUCAUAUUCCUACUUCCCUUCUCUUAGAAGGAUGUGCAUGCCUGUUCUUACUCUAAUAUACAAAUGUGGAUUUGGUUAUUCCGUUCAGGCCAUCGAAGAAUGUUUUACAAGCAAAGAGCCUCAUAUAAGAGAAGUGGUUGGAAAUGUGGUAGGAACUUUUAUAUAUCAUUUUGGAAUGGAAAAGGUUCAUGAUCUUCUACUAUCGUUGGCUGGGAGUAGGAACGAUGAGGCCAGAAAGACUUGCAUAAGAUGUAUUACAGGGAUUUGUGAAUUUGUAGGCAGAGACAUUGUAUCUUAUUCAGGUCCUGUAUUGGAUAUACUCGGUGGAUUUGUUGUAGACAGAAAUAGAUUUAUAAGGGUGGAUGCAGCCAAUGCGAUGUCUUAUGCAUUUAAACUUAUUGGUCCACAGAAGACUCCACAAAUGGAAGGGAUUUUUGAUCUCCUCAAGAAGGAAAUAUCAAGGUCUGGAAGUAUCGAGUUCAAUUCCUUACUUAAAGCAAUGUCGCACCUGUGUCAUGGCAGAAAAGAGUAUUCAGAAGUGGUUUUCAAUCUGCUAAGAGGAUCGAAGGAAAGAGGCGUGUCAUUACUCAAAGUCUUUGAAAGAAUUUGUGACAGGAUUAGCAGUGAAGAUGCCUGGGAAUACUUCGACCAAAUCUCCAGCAUCCUUUUUUCUUCAAAAGGGAGAGAGAAUGCAAAUCUGGUCGUUAGUAUUUGCACAAAGAUGAGCGGCGAUUCCAGAGUAACCAGAAGGAUCCUGGAAUACUAUCCCGAUCCUCUGAAUGCAGGGCUCCUUUCAAGAAUAUUUAGUAGGAUUCCAAAGAUGGAUUUCGGAAGAGAAGAGGCGGAUUUAUACUAUAGAAGCAUAUGCAAUGCCAUUACUCAUGAUGGAACCACAGUUCAUCUCAUACUCCCACUUGUUUCCAAGACGUUUCUACAACAGAGACACAUAUCGAUGGUUGCGUCAGAAUCAUUCAGGCUUCUAAGAGAUUCUUCAUCGGAAAUCCGGAUUAGGGGACUCAAAGCAAUAGGAGGUCUUGCGAAGAUCCUGAGCACGAAAGAACUAACAUACUAUGGCAAUCUUCUGCUAGAGAAUAUAACAGGAAGUGAUCAGGAGACAUUGCCCUUUGUUCUUAAGGCGGUGUGUGGUGUGUACAACAGCCAUCAGUUUAGGCCAGCAUGUGAGAUUGUUCCAAACAUCCUUCCAAUCCUGAAGUCUAAAGAGCAGAAGGCUGUUGCAUCUGGAGUAAUGCUUCUUCAUACCAUAUGUGUAAAUUCUCCUGAAGAGUGUGAGAAGAUUGGCAUGAAGGAAUGGAUAAGGAUAUCCUAUGAAUUAGUCGAUUCUUUAACCUCCUGGAAUAGAGAGGCCAGAAAGAAUGCUACAGAGUCUCUAGGGUGCAUCUCUAGGAUAGUUGGCCCCCAGGAAAUAUUAGACAUUUUGAUAGACAAUCUCGAAUCUGAAGAUAAGAACCAAAGAACAGGAUCUUCACUCGGGAUUUCUGUAUUAGGAGAAUACAACGGUCUAUUCUCUAUUCUUCCAGCCCUCCUGACUGAUUACAAGAUUCCUAGUCCUUUUGUGCAGCAAGGAAUACUUAAGGCCAUGUGCUAUUUUUUCCAAAGAACAUAUCAAGUGCCUUCAGCAUAUGUGCACUCCAUGCUCCCCAUGAUCGAGGAUGCAAUGAUGGAUGAGGAUCCAGUAUAUCGAAGUCUUGGCAUAAAUCUUAUCAGACACGUGGUUCUAAACCAUCCCCCAUCAACCAUGGACAUGGAGCUAGUUAUACAUUUGCUCAAUUUGAUCUGGGCAAAUAUCCUUGAUCCUGUCCCGACGAUACAGCAAUCCUUUGACGAAUGCAUGGAAUCAUUUGCCACCAUACUAUCAUCGCAGGCUAUGUAUGGAUACGUGCAGCAAGGACUCUUCCAUCCAUCGGGUAGAGUCAGGAAAAGAUACCAUAAUGUCUUGGAGACAAUGGAGCAUUUCGAUAGUACCACCCUUUCACAAUGUUUUCUUGUAGAAGAAGAAUUCCUUAAUAUUACAAAAUAA